AUGCCACCGAAGGUCAGUGCCAGCAAUGCGACGUUCAAAAACCGCGAGAAGCCGCAGGAAGUGAGAAAGGCGAACAUUAUUGCUGCCAGAGCAGUCGCGGAUGCGAUCAGAACGUCGCUGGGCCCCAAGGGCAUGGACAAGAUGAUCAAGACGGCGCGCGGGGAGAUCCUGAUCUCGAACGACGGGCACACGAUACUGAAGCAGAUGGCGAUCCUGCACCCGGUGGCGAAGAUGCUGGUGGAGGUGUCUGCGGCGCAGGACUCUGAGGCGGGCGACGGGACGACGUCGGUGGUGAUUCUGACCGGGGCGCUGUUGGGCGCGGCGGAGAAGCUGCUGGCCAAGGGCAUUCACCCGACGAUCAUCGCUGAGUCGUUCCAGCGCGCCGGGCAGCGCGCGGUGGAGGUGCUGCUGGGGAUGUCGAAGCGGAUUUCACUGCAGGACCGCGCAGAACUGGUGCGCGCGGCGAGCACGUCGCUGAGCUCGAAGAUUGUGUCGCAGUACUCGACGUUCCUGGCGCCGCUCGCGGUGGACUGUGUGCUGAGCCUGACGAACGAGGCUUCGACGAACGUGGACUUGAAUGACAUCCGGCUCGUGAAGAAGGUCGGCGGGACCAUCGACGACACCGAGAUGGUAGACGGCGUGGUGCUCACGCAGAACAUUGUGAAAAGCGCGGGCGGCCCGGUCAGAAUGGAGAAGGCCAAGAUUGGAUUAAUCCAGUUCCAGAUCUCGCCUCCCAAGCCAGACACCGAGAACAACAUCGUGGUCAACGACUACAGGCAGAUGGACAAGAUAUUGAAGGAGGAGCGGGCAUACCUGUUGAAGAUCUGUAAGAAAAUCAAGAAGGCGAAGUGCAAUGUCCUGCUCAUCCAGAAAUCGAUCUUGAGAGACGCAGUCAACGAGCUCGCCUUGCAUUUCUUGUCCAAGCUAAAUAUAGUGGUCAUCAAGGACGUCGAGCGAGACGAGAUUGAGUUCCUGUCCAAGAGUUUGGGGUGCAAGCCUAUUUCCGAUGUAGAGCUGUUCACCGAAGACAGGCUUGGUUCUGCAGACUUGGUUGAGGAAAUCGACAGCGACGGAACCAAGAUUGUCAAGAUCACCGGUAUAAAGACUGGCAACGCGAAGCCCACCGUCUCCUGCAUUGUCCGCGGCGCAAACAACGUCGUGCUUGACGAGACUGAGAGAUCGCUGCACGACGCACUGUGCGUGAUCCGCUGUCUGGUUAAGGAACGUGCCUUGAUUGCCGGUGGCGGCGCGCCAGAAAUCGAGGUUUCGCGCACGAUCAUGAGGGAGUCGCGCGCCAUGCAGGGAGUUGAGGCGUUUGUUUGGCAGGAGUUUGCCGAAGCCUUGGAGGUGAUUCCAACGACUCUGGCGGAGAACGCGGGUCUGAACAGCAUCAAGGUCGUCACAGAGCUGCGUUCGAGGCACGAGAGUGGUGAGACCAAUGCAGGCAUAUCCGUGAGGCGUUCGGGCACCACCAAUACAUACGAUGAACACAUAUUGCAGCCGGUGUUGGUCAGCACCAGCGCCAUUACUCUCGCUGCAGAGUGCGUCAAAUCCAUCCUACGUAUUGACGACAUCACUUUCAGCCGCUGA